CAGUUUGACACAUUGUGUGCGGCAAUGUAAACAAACCGGCAUCGUGGAACGUGCGUUUUAGGAAGGAGCAACUUUACACCGUUUUUCGCUAUUUUAACAAACAAUUAGCGAUGAAAGCCAUAAUCCAGCGCGUUACCUGUGCGAAAGUGAUGGUUGGCGACGAGCUGGUGAGUUCGAUAGGACGCGGACUGUGCGUACUGGUGGGCAUUUCCUCCGAUGAUAACGCAAACGAUGUGGAGUGGAUCGCACGGAAGUUACUUAAUUUACGACUGUUCGAUGAGCCAUCCAGCGGUAAACGGUGGACUGAAUCGGUCGUAGAUCGGCAGCUGGAAAUACUGUGCAUCAGUCAGUUUACGCUGUACCAUCGGUUGAAGGGCAAUCGGCCAGAUUUCAGCCGUGCCAUGCAGGGACCGGCAGCUCAGCAGCUGUACGGGGAGCUACUGAAUCGGCUUCGCGAGCAAUACUCUCCCCAGCGGGUGCAGGACGGUCGGUUUGGGGCCAUGAUGCAGGUGCACAUUCAAAAUGAUGGACCGGUGACGCUGGAAAUUGAAUCUCCUGUCCAAAGCGAACAGGAGCGCCUAAAGCUGCAACGAUCCCUAGAGCAUAAAGCAAAAGCGGCCGGCAGUAAAGCACCGGUGUUGGAUAGCGUCGCAAGCGCUGUCGAAAAACAGAACUCUUCCGGUGCAGAAUAAAGCGAAAUAAAACAAAAUUUAAUGAAGAUCACUAACAGGUAAGGUUUUGCGGAUCUUCUCAUUACACUUAAGUUAUUUUAUUGGAAAAAUAUGAAAAAGAAUAAAAAAGUAGCUGUUUUCAAAAAAAAAUUAUGAUUUGAUGAUGGUUUUUGGUGCUAUUGUUGGACCAUUGAAGAGUGAAAAGUCUCCGUUAAUUUAUAAAAAAGUCGAUUAAUUUAUAUACAUUUUAUUAAAAUUCAGUCAAAUUUUGAAAUAUCAAUAAAAGUUUUAUAAACUGAACCCAUCAAA